UUAUCGACAUUUAUUGUUCAAAAGUCGUUGGUUUUGGGUGGCAAAAUGCGUUUCAAAGCAUUUCUAGUGUUUUUCUUUGUGGCUUUUGCGUGUUUUGGAAAUCAAGUCGAAGGGAAAUUUUUAAAUAUCACUCGCAUUUUAGAUACGUUUAAUUUUUCAAAAGGUGUUCGGGUACAAGGUGAUUGCUCGUAUAACGUCAAUGGUGAUUUGACCGAUCCACAACCGUUGUUUUUGAAACAUAAUACAACACAGUUUUUGUUGCCGAAUUCAAGUGGAAUUGUGGACCUUUCAAAUGGCCAACUUUUUGAUAUGUACUGCUCCGAUGGCUUCGUCAAUCCGUUGCUGAAUAAGACUAAAAUCACGGCUAAGUGUCUGCAAGGCUCCUUCCAUCUAGUCGAUGGAAUUAUCCAUGAUUUUAAGGACUUUUCGUGCCAGGACUGGCCCAUCUAUUCAGCUCGUCGGACGAAUCGCACUUGUAAUGGAGGAACUGUGCUGAUAGAAUUAGGUUUCCAUAUGGGAGAUGGAAACUUCGUUCAAAUCAUUGACGUUUGUCAUGAUGAAAUCAAUGAGGUCAACCGAUAUGCUCAUUUUAAAAUGAGUCCAUCUUCGCAAGGAUAUCAACGUUAUGUUGCAAGGCCGCCCCUUUUCAUCACUGGAGGCUUUUAUAGAGGUAGGGAUGUCAACGAGUUGUACACAAAGGUACAGCAAAAGGUGACACUUGACAAAAUUCUUGGACAAAACACAUCAAAGUACUUUAAUGCCAGUGAUAUAUAUUUGGCACGAGGCCAUCUAUCGGCCAAAGUUGACCACGUCUAUGGGCCUGCUCAAAAAGCUACGUUUUUCUUCGUUAAUGCAGCUCCACAAUGGCAGUGCUUCAAUGCCGGAAACUGGGAGAGUGUUGAAAGUUCAGUGAGAAAAUUCAUAGCAAAACAGGGUAUUGAAGUCGAAUGCUAUACGGGUACUUGGGGUAUAUCCAGCUUACCCGACGUUAACGGAGUUCAGCAAGAACUGUAUCUGGAUUUUGACAAAAACAAUAAUGGCUUGAUACCAGUGCCGAAGCUCUAUUUCCGGGUGGUGGUGGAACCAGCAACGAAGAAGGGUGUUGUUUUGAUUGGAGUUAAUAAUCCUCAUAUAUCGAUGGAAGAAAUUCAGCGGGACUAUGUCAUUUGUGAUAAUGUUAUUGAUAAUUUAACAUGGAUGAAGUGGGACAAGAAUAAUCUAUUCGAAGGCUAUCUUUAUGCCUGUGAAGUGCAACAGUUUAGACAAGUUGUUCAGGAUUUGCCAGAAUUCGAUGUUACUGAAUUAACUUUGAUUAAGACCAAACUUAAAAUGAAGUUUUCCACUGCUCUGAUACUGCUUGCUAUCAGCUUUGCAGACAUCAGCAAUGCAAGAGACAUCCAAAGGUCAUCAUCAGAAUUAAUAGAUGAAACCUUAGACGAACCUGUAAUCCCCAAGAGUCGUGCUGCUCCUCGGAAAGAAGGUUGUAAUGUCCGUGUUUCUGAACUGGGAUUGGAUGCUCAACCACUCUUCCUUACACCCGGUGCCAGCACUCAAUGGCCAGUUAGUGUAUCCGGUGACAUGGAACUGGCUGCUGGAGAUUCUCUGGAACUGUUUUGUUCGUCAACCUUUGCCAAUCCAUCGGGAAUAUCAGGCAGUCAAACUGCCACCUGUGUCUCAGGGCUUGAUUUCAAAAUUGGAAAAUCUACUUACAAUAUCUCCGAAGUUACUUGUUCCUCUUGGCCAUCGUUCACAACCCGUGAAACCGGUGAAAAAUGCAACGGUGGUGAGAUCUACGAAACUGGCUUCACAGUUGGUACUCGUUUUGUGAAACAAUUGGAAAUUUGUUUCAAUGAGGCCGAAGAAGCAACCCGGUAUGUGUUCCACACUUUGUCUCCCGAGAAUAUGGGAUUCCAGAGCAACGUAGGACGUCCAACUUUUGCCAAGGGUGGUCUUUUCGGUCGCAAGAAUAUCGACAAACUAUACACCCAAAGCAGUCAGACCAAGAAUUUGGCGAAAGCUCUUGGCGAUAAGGGAAGCGAAUAUAUUAAAGCCAAGGAAAAUCUGUACCUAGCUCGAGGACAUAUGGCAGCAAAGGCUGAUUUUAUAACAGCCAACGAACAAAGAGGAACUUUCCUCUUUUCAAACGUUGCUCCCCAAUGGCAAGCUUUCAAUGCUGGCAACUGGCAGAGGGUUGAAGAUAACACCAGGAAUUGGGUGGCUAAGAGAAAUUUAAGAGUCAAUUGCUGGACUGGAAUUUAUGGUAUUACAACUCUGCCCAACGAGGACGGCGUUGAAACUCCACUGUACUUGGACUAUGACAAGAAUAAUAAUGGUUUAAUUCCGGUGCCAAAGUUGUUCUAUCGUGUAAUAAUUGAACCUUCGACAAAACGCGGUCUUGUUCUGUUGGGAGUAAAUAAUCCCUAUUUGACAAUGGAACAAAUAAAGAAGGAUUACAUCGUGUGUAAAGAUGUCAGUGAUAAACUUGAUUUCUUGACUUGGAAGAAGGAAGAUCUUAAAGCUGGUUAUUCGUAUGCUUGUGAAGUAAAAGAUUUUGCCAAGGUGAAUCCUAAUAUGCCCAAGUUCGAUGUUAAGUCGCUGUUGUAUUAAAAAUAGUGAAAUAAAAUGUUUUAUUUUUUAACA